UUUUUUCUUUUCUUUUUUAAAUUUUUCAUCACCUUCCUUUACACAUAAUCACGGAUAAUCACCAACCUACCAAAGAAUAAGUUUAGUGAGUCAGAGAGGCAUUAAAAAGAAACACAGAAUGAGGAGCACUUUGAACAUUAAAUGCGAAAUAAUUCGUCUUUCAAUCCACAUCGACGGACAACCGUGCGAUGCCAAAAGACAUUGAGAAACGUCCCCACGAGUCGGAAAAUGCGUUUCCCUCACAUGAAAAAUUUACUCUCUUCUCUCUCACACAGCGCACCCAAAAUAGAUUACAAAACAUGUCUUCUAUAUACACUGAAUUGUUCGUUUUAUAGAUUAAAGAUUAGAGUUUUUAUUAAAGGAUUUAUUUUUGAAUAAUUUCCAAACGUUCUAGACAAAGGUUUAACGUUUCUUUUCCAACGUUUGAAUGUCUUCGAAAUAUUUAUUUUUGAAUUGUAAAGAAAAUCUUAACUGCCUUGAUAUUAAGGGUGUUAUAUAUACUUUCCUCAAUAUAUUCUUUUAUAAUAAUUUCAAAGAAACAUAUUAAUCUUAAUCUCAACUGAACCCACUGAACCCUUUCUUUUCUUAAUCUAUUCUUUAAUCUUUAAUCUACAUCCCAUCUGUACAGCAACUCUGUAGAAGAGUCUGCCUUGAGAAUUGAACUUUUUCGUGGUCAGUUUGUAUAAAUCUUCAGUUAGUUUGCUUCUUAACUCGCUUCCUCCCUCUUGCACAGACCACGGAAUUUAGUAAAUUAUCCUCUCAUCAGUGACGUUCACAAAUUAAGUUCUGGUCGCCCCACUAGUGGAGAGUUGCAGUGAAUUGCAUUCAUGUGUGAUUGCACUUGAACUUGUGGAUGUGGAAACAUUAUCAUUUAACGGAGGAAGUUCAUUUGUAAACCUUACAUAAUUGCAAAUUUUGUGGUGACAUUUUCCACAAAGUUGGAAAGUUGUGAAAAUUAUUACAUUACAUUCUUUUUCCUACUAUAUACACGAGAAAACGUUAUGUGACAACGGGAAGGGUCUAUUGAUUGUUGGCAGAAAGCCAGCCGUGCUUCAGAGUUUUCCACCACUUUGCCAGUUUAUUGAGAGACAAAACGUCAUCGGCCACAGUAACGUGGGAAAUUCAGAGCUAGAGCAACGGAAUGCCUAAAAGGAAUCAAAUUCGAACACUCUGUGAGCAUGCCCUAUCCCAACUGGCGCGUACUAUUGUACAGGCAAUCGGAGAUGGAUCAUUUGUCUUUGCUGGCGAGCUAGCAGUUGUUAUGGUACAAAUAAAUGACUAUUUGGAGAAUGCUGGUGCUACAAGUGACAUAUACCAGGAUCUCCUGAAAGUUAUCCUUGGUUCUGACACACUAGAUGCCAGUAUUCGCUUCACAUGCCUCCAGAUGCUACUCAAUGGUUCUGUACAGUAUCUCGUUACGGAGAUUUUCCCAUUUUCUUACUACGAAAAAAUUCUUCAGGUUAUCGCAGCGCAAGGACAUGGUUUGCGAUUUUUAAAUUUAAAAGGUGUCUGGGUUAAGGAAGAACUCAUGUUCUACCUUUAUGAAAUUGUUGCAAAACUUCGACAUCUAGAACACCUAAGUAUCCCCUAUAUUGCCAACGACGAGCUCCUUGAACAUAUCGCCCGUCAGUGCCCCAAUCUCCGAAUGCUGGACAUUGCUGGGGAAACGGAUAUUACAGAAAUAGGGAUGGAGAGCCUGGCUCUAGGUGUGUGCAAGGAUACCCUGACAGUCGUUGACAUAGGUAUGCUACGUGAAGAAAAUAUCUGUCACACUGACAUUGCACUCUUGCUAAUGAAUUGCCCCAAUAUCGUUACCUUCCAAACAUAUUCCUACGUUGGACGAACUGUGCAGUACAUCUAUCGACAAGAUCCGGAAUUUAAAUGCAAACUAAAGUACAUCCAUGACACAGAGACAACGGAUAAAACUCUCGAUGCCAUUGUGAGUUGCUGUCCUAAUUUAGAAAACCUCUACAUGGACACCUCAGAUGCGGGAAUUCUCAAGAAACUGCGACACCUUAAGCACCUAGAACGUCUCAAACUCUACAAGUUUAGCUGUAAAGAACUCGAUUCGGUACUUAUGAAUGGACUCGGAGGGCGUCUUCGCUUCUUGACCCUAAUCAAGGGGCGCGGUACAAUGGAUCUCGGGAAAUUAGCUUCAAUUUGCCCAGCCAUAGUUGAUCUAGAUUGCUACCUAAUGGAACAUCUGAUUUAUGCCAGUGAUCACACAUUUGAAUCCCUCGAAGGUUUAGAAAUUCUAAACAGUACAAUCGUUCUUAGCAGCCUCAAGCACUUUGUUGCAAAACAUACAACCCUAAAACGUCUCGCUAUCGACACAGUUCACUUUACGGAUGAAGAUAUGAUGAGUUUAUUUGUGGAGAAUGACUUUGGUGUGUUAGAAGAUAUCUGGUUCACAUCGGCGCCCAAUUUAACAAUUAGCACAGUGGAAAUUCUGUUGGAACGCUGCCCAGAACUUCAGAGUUUGGGUCAACUGAGCGGCUGGGCCCUAACACCUGACGAUCUCUCACUCCUCCGUGGAAUUCUCAAGAGUAGCAAUUCGAGUCUCGUACUUUCACCAUCAAGCAUCUUCCCGUGAAAUGAAUUUUUCUUUAAUUUUUUCUCUUUUUUUAAUCAACACACACAAAAAGAGAAAAUUAUCAUGAUGAGUUGUUAUGAAAAAAAUUUAGGAUCUGUAUAUUGAAUAAAUUGCUAUGAAAUUA